AACACAGGGGAACACAGGGGAAGAGGGAAAGAAAACUUGGAAUGGAAAGGAAACGCUGUCACUUUGAUAGGUUUGAUAUAUCAUGGAUGGGUGGGCAAUACAAAAAAGAUAUCAAGGUAAAAUAUCAAUAGGCAGAGAGAGACAGACACGGGGAGAGACAGACUUAAAUGAAAGAAGUGAAGCUUGGUUUGAUUCACACAAUGACCAGGGCCAAUAGGAUAAACCCUCCCAGUCUUGAGGAGGGAAGGGGGUGGUGGGGAUUCAAAGUAAGGCAGGCUUUACAGUGAGUCAAACACUCUCAAAGACAGACUACCGACAGUCUUCACGGCACUAAGAUAUGGGCUUACUGUGAGUGAAACCUGAAGCUUCUCUCUUAAACCUAAAAACAAAAAGACUAAAAAGAGGAAGUUAGACUGAGAGAGAGUAAGUAAGAGAUACAACUUUUUCAGGAAGAUGGAAAACUGAUUGUGUCCAAAACUUUGAAUCUUUAGUGGGAGAAAAAGAAGAGCACGGACAAGCCUGAGGAUACUACAGAUUAUGUUGCCAUGGAAACCAAAACCUGGAAGCGGACGCAAGGACCACUGAAGGUGGACAACGUCCCUUGACUGCAUCCUUGACACGUUACUGUCCCGCUGCGCACUGUGGUGAGAGAAUGCUGUGGAGAAUAACUAUCCCAGUCAUACUGGCUGGGGUGCUCUGCAUCACCGCAGAGACCAAAAAGCCCCGGCCCCAGGGAUCCAUCCCAUCCCCACACAAGACCAAAGGGAACUUGUCCUCAGAGCGUCACCACCGGCUAUUGCAGCAGAAACCAGAGGUGCUAUCCUCCAGCCGGGAGGCCUUGGUUGUGACAGAGCGCCGCUACCUCCGCAGAGACUGGUGCAAGACCCAACCACUCCGUCAGACAAUAAGCGAGGAGGGCUGCCGCAGCCGCACUGUGGUCAACCGUUUUUGCUACGGCCAGUGCAACUCCUUCUACAUCCCCCGCCAUAUGGGCCCCAGCUCGGGUCAGGGCCAGAAUCGAGGACAAGCCUCAGGCUCUGGAAGGAAAAGCCAUAACAAGGCCCAGGAGCCGUUCCAGUCCUGCUCUUUCUGCAGGCCACACCGCAUCACACAGCUCACAGUGCAGCUAGACUGCCCAGACCUGCAACCCCCUUUCAGACACCGUAAGGUGCAGAGGGUCAAACAGUGUCGCUGCAUGUCUGUGGAUGUGAGCGGCCAUGGGAAACUGUGAAGGAGGACUUAAAAGGUCUUUUAAUAUUGAAAUGACAUCAUAUGAGUAUUGUCAAGGGCAGAAAUUUACAAACUUUGCCAAACAAGGACUGGCUUCAAGUUGAACAAUUCUGCAUUGUGUUGUACAAAUAAUAACUUGUCCCUCAAUAAAAUGACAUGAAAACUGG